CAAGUCGCGGCGCUGUUGGCACUUUUCGUAUAUACAUUGUGAAGUGAAAUAGUCAUUUCUCCGGUGUUAUUGGUUAACCAACCUGAGAGAAGGAUGAAGUAUUACAUCUUUUCUGCAAUCAUUGCCACGAUCCUGGCCACAACAUGGGCCGAGGAGACGACGGAGGCAGCACGCUUGCUGGUAUCGAAACAAAUACUAAAUAAGUAUCUUGUUGAAAAUAUGGACAUUAUCAUUAAGUACACAGUUCACAAUGUAGGCAAUAUUGCUGCUCUAGAAGUUGAAAUUACAGAUAAUUCAUUCCACCCUGAUAACUUUGUUCAUGUGAGUGGUGAAUUAAAUGCAAGGAUCGACCGUGUCCCACCUUAUACGAAUGUCAGUCAUACUGUCGUUGUGAGACCUCGCAAAUAUGGGUACUAUAACUUCACGGAGGCUGAAGUACUAUAUCGUCACAAAGAAGAUGCCCCCAGGUUACAGGUUGCUGUAAGCAGUGAACCUGGUUCAGGAUUUAUUGUAUCAUUCCGAGAUUAUGAUAAGAAAUUUUCUUCACAUGUGAUUGACUGGCUCGCAUUCGCAGUAAUGACAUUGCCCUCGUUAGCUAUUCCAUUUGCACUGUGGUAUUCUAGUAAGCGGAAAUAUGAAAAGCUUUCAAAAAGUUUUAAGAAGCAUUGAAAAAUAUCAUAAAAGGGAACUUGGUAACACUGUGCAGUGAUUACAUUCAACAUCAUUUAAACAAAUUAUAUUUUCUUGUGCGACUGAGAAAUGUGUGACUGUUCCAUUAUACAUAUUUACCUUUUUAAUAAACAUUAUUUAUAAUA